AUGGAAGAUCACCCAACAACCCCCAGCUCAUUCGCUGCUUCUUAUGUCUCCAACCCCCGCUUCCAUCGCUCCUUCACCAUCGAGCCAACUUCUACCCAUGGCCCUCUCAAUGUGACUUACGGCGAUUACGGCCGCGAGCCUGAUAAGAACGGGACUACACCCACAAUUCUCUUUAUGCCGGGCAUGGUUUCAUCCCGGUACCUCGGAAUCUGUGCGCACACGAUUGCUGAGAAAUGGGGCGUGCGCGUUUUGGUUGUUGAUCGUCCUGGGAUGGGAAAUUCCACCAAUGUACCGCUGGCGCAGCGAGUCUCCACCUGGAUUGAGACUGUCCCACGGCUGUUGGCCCAUGUAGGUAUCCAGCAUGUUUCAUUGGUGUCGCAUAGUUCUGGCACUAUGUAUCUGUUGAACACCCUGUAUCACUGUCGAGAUAUUCUGUAUCCCGAGAAGCCGAUGGCUACCAUGCUAGCGCCAUGGGUGGACCCCGCCAAAUCAGGGAUGACAUCCUUGAGAAUGGCCCAGUAUAUCCCUGCCCCAGCCUUCAAGCUGUUGCAUCAUAUCCCACGCCUCUUCCUCGCCAAUGAUGGGUCUGCAACAGCAACCAGUGGAGCAAUCAUUGCCAGUCUCACUGCCUCAUUUCCCUCAAAGAGCGGUGAUAACCAGGCAAAGAAUAGUCUGUACAUAGCGCAGAACUACGAACUAGACGUGGACCAGCAGAAGGAGAUAAGCUCUUCCAUGAUGCAGGGUAUGUUCAAGGAGGAAACGGUUGGCUCUAAUAGUGAGGCGCUCCUGUGCCUACGGAAGGAGCCUAACAUAUGGGGGCAAUGUGAAGACUAUGAGGUCUUUGUGCGUGAGGUGGUAGAGCGUGAAAGAGCGCGAGAUGGAGCGCCGUUGAAGGUCUAUGCAUUUUUUGCUGAGUCUGAUAGUUUGAUUGGUAAGAAGGGGCAAGCUUAUGUUGAGAAAUGCUGGCAUCAGGUCAAUGAUGGGGACUCGAGGGGUGUGGUUGAAUUUGAUUCAAGAGUAGUGCUUGGUACUGAUCAUGAUAGCUUGGUGCCGUGCGCGGAAGCGUGGGAGAGCAUUUUCAAGAGAAUGCAAGGAGUAGAAGGCGAUGGCUCAAUAUAG